UACAGGACGCUCUUCUUUUAAAGACAAUGGUCCUUUCCAUCAAUGACCCAUCAAGGACGGAGAAGGACAGAAACCUAAUGGCUGCAAGGAUAUUAGACCUCGCCCUGGAGAUCAUCUCCUUGAUAACUGGAGAGGAUUACACAGUAGUGAAGAAGUCGUCUGGUGAGUAUGUGACACCCCUUGUGUCAGGAGGAUGGAGCAGGACCCAGAGCCCCAUCACCGAGCCUCCACCUCAUUCCCUGAUACAUGAGCAGAAGAUCCUAGAACUUACCACCAGGAUCACUGAGCUGCUGAGCGGAGAGGUUCCUAUAAGGUGUCAGGAUGUCGCUGUCUAUUUCUCCAUGGAGGAGUGGGAGUAUUUAGAAGAACACAAGGAUCUGUACAAGGACGUCAUGAUGGAGAAUCACCAGGCCCUCACAUCACCGGAUGGAUCCAGUCAGAGAAAUCCACCAGAGAGAUGUCCCAGUCCUCAGUAUUCCCAGGACUGUCCAGAGGAGAAACCAAAUAUCCCACUGGAUCAUCAGGAAAGUUCUGGUGGAACAAAGCAUGGACUUGAAAAUCCUAUAUCAUUGUUUGUGAAUGGUAAAGACUGGAUAAGAGACACCCAUGGACAUCUUUUAUAUAGUGAAAUAGGAAAUGACAAUUAUGCACAAGCUAAUUCAAUAACUUUCAAUGUACCUUCAUAUCUGCUCAGCGGAGAUCUAUCCACUGAUACUGCUGGUCACAAGAAACCAUCAUCACAAGGGACAAUAUUUCCAUUUGAGAAAUCAUUUCAAAAGAACUGCAAUCUUUCUUUCAAUCAAACAAUUCACAGUAAUGAAAGGCCAUUUUCAUGCUCAGAAUGUGGGAAGUGUUUUAGCAAAAAAUCAAAUCUUGUGGAACAUCUAAGAGUUCACACAGGAGAGAAGCCAUAUUCCUGUUCAGAAUGUGGGAAAUGUUUUGCCCAGAAAUCAGUUCUUGCUAAACAUCAGAGAACUCACACAGGAGAAAAGCCAUUUUCAUGCCCAGAAUGUGGGAAGCGUUUUGCUCAGAAGUCAUAUCUUAUGGAACAUCUAAGAACUCACACAGGAGAGAAGCCGUUUUCAUGUUUAGAAUGUGGGAAGUGUUUUGGCAAGAAAUCGGCUCUUGUUAAACAUCAGAGAACUCACAGAGGGGAGAAGUUAGUUUCAUGUCCUGAAUGUAGGAAAUGUUUUAGUCACAAAUCUUAUCUUGUGCAACAUCAGAGAACUCACACAGGGGAGAAGCCAUUUUCAUGUUCAGAAUGUGGGAAAUGUUUUGGCCAGAAAUCCGUUCUUGUUAAACAUCUCAGAAUUCACAGAGGGGAGAAGCCAUUUUCAUGUCCUGAAUGUGGGAAGUGCUUUAGUCAGAAAUCAAAUCUUGUGGAACAUCAAAGAAUUCACAGAGGAGAUAAACCAUUUUUAUGCUCAGAAUGUGGAAAGUGCUUUAGUCAGAAAUCAAAUCUUGUGGAACAUCAAAGAAUUCACACAGGAGAGAAGCCGUUUUCAUGUUCUGAAUGUGGGAAAUGUUUUAUUCAGAAAUCUAGUCUUAUGGAGCAUCAGAGAACUCAUACAGGAGAGAAGCCAUUCUCAUGUUCAGAAUGUGGUAAAUGUUUUGGUAAGAAAAGUAGUCUUGUUAAACAUCAGAGAACUCAUAUGGGGGAGAAGUCAUUUCAUGCGCUUAAUGUAGAAAAUGUUUUAGUCACAAAUCACAUCUUGUGGAACAUCUAA